CCUGGCCAACUCUUCUCAGAGAGGGUGGAGUUCAGUCAGACGAGCACAUCACUGCCACAAAUUAACAAUCUCUGUCAUCGUGUUACUCACUCGCACGCACAUAUCCCACCAUGUCAACGGCGUUCAGGUCCUGGUUUAUGCUUAUCGGCUUUAUUUUGGCGUACUUUACAUAUUUGUUAUUGGGAGCGCUUGUUUUCUCUGCCAUCGAGCGGCCCGUCGAGGAGAACCUGAAAGCGGACUUGAGCGCUCUGAAAGCUGAGUUCCUCAACCUGAGCUGCGUUAACAGCACGGCUCUGGAAAGUUUCUUAGAAAGAGUUUUAAAAGCCAAUAAAUAUGGCGUGUCGGUGCUUGAAAAUACAUCUCUUCGUACAAACUGGGAUUUGGCGUCUUCUCUGUUCUUUGCCAACACGAUGGUGACGACAGUGGGAUACGGCCACACGACACCGCUCUCAGAUGCGGGUAAAGCCUUCUCCAUCGUGUACGCUCUGAUGGGCGUCCCGUUCACCAUGCUGGUGCUGACGGCGUGUGUGCAGCGCCUCAUGCACCCGCUGACCUACAGGCCGAUCUCUGCAUGUCAGCGACGGGCCGGUCUGCAGCCUCGGUCAGCCAGCGUGGUGCACUUCAUCGUCCUGCUGUUUCUGGUGGUGCUCUGCUUCUUUGUGGUGCCAUCGCUGGUGUUCAGCACCAUUGAAGAGACCUGGUCUUUCCUGGACGCCUUCUACUUCUGCUUCAUUUCUCUCUGCACUAUAGGACUCGGGGACUUUGUGCCUGCGGAAAAACCGGGACAGAGUCUUAGAGCUUUGUACAAGAUAUCAGUCAUGGUCUACCUGUUUGUGGGAUUGAUGGUCAUGUUCCUGGUCCUCCGCACUUUUCACAAGCUUGCGGAUGUUCACGGCUGGACGGCUUUCUUCCAACUGCCGAGCUGCGAUGAAGACGACGAGGAUAAAGAGCCAAUAAUAGAAGCAGGGCCCGAAGACGACUCGCCGGAGGCUGAGAAGGCCUCAAUUAAGCCUCUGGAUCCCAGCUCUCAGGUCUCCUACAACUCCAUAAAUAGAUAAAACACCACAUCUCUCCGCAGUCACUUAAGGACACAGUGAAUUGUAAUUUAUGUGGACUUGAAACAUUAACACAUUCCAGUUUAGCAGCAGCUCUAGUCUCCAGACAGUAGAGUACCAACAUGUGCAAUAAGGUAAACAUUUACUUCACACACACAGAAAUAAAGGUACAAAAUCUGUCACUGGGGUGGUACGCUUUUGUACCAUACAAGUGGACGACAGUACCUUUAUGGGACACUUUUAGUACCUUUUAAGUUCACUUUUAUACCUCUAAAGCAGUGUUUCCCAACCCUGUUCCUGAAGGCACACCAACAGUACACAUUUUUAACCUCUUCCUAUUCAAACACACCUGAAUCAACUCAUCAGAAGAUUAGAAGAGAUUCUAAAACCUGAAGGUAAUGGGUCAGAUAAGGGAGACAUCCAAAAUAUGUACUAUUGGUGUGCUUCCAGGAACAGGGUUGGGAAACACUGCUCUAAGGUAUUAUGAGGUACUAGGGUUGUCAGGAUACUGGAAUUCGGUACCAAUCGAUACUGAAAUUUUAAAAACGUCCAUUUUCCGCUAACAUUUGACCUUCACGGCCAAUCACAGUCAUUUCUGUUGAGCACAUGAACACCAUAGUAAAUCAGCGCUGGUUAAGAAUGCGCUCAACAGCGCUCAAAUGUUAGCAGGAAAUGCACAUUUUUAAAAUUUCAGUAUCGAAUGGUACCGAAUUCCAGUAUCGUGACAACACUAAGGUACAUGUUUGUACUUUUUAGGUAUUAUUAUGUAUCUUUAAGGACUAAAAAUGUACCUUUUGAAAAGGAACUGCUAGGGUUGUCAUGAUACUGGAAUUCGGUACCAAUCGAUACUGAAAUUUUAAAAACGUCCAUUUCCUGCUAAAAUUUAAUCACUUCCUAUUGUGUUCCCGUGCUUAACAGAAGUGACUGUGAUUGGCCGUGAAGGUCAUCAGUUCACUGAACUCACCGCUGUGAGUGUAACCACAGAUACAGGGACACUGGAGCGCUUCAAAAGCUUGUUUGUCUAUAAGCUGAUAUACGAGUGAACCGUUGAUGAAUCACAGCCUUAAAAUGCUCCAGUGUCCCUGUAUCUGUGGUUACACUCUGUAAACAGCAGUGAGUUCAGUGAACUGAUGACCUUCAUGGCCAAUCACAGUCAUUUCUGUUGAGCACAUGAACACAAUAGUAAAUCAGCGCUGUUUAGGAACGCGCUCAACAGCACUAAAAUGUUAGCGGGAAAUGGACGUUCUUAAUUUCAGUAUCGAUUGGUACCGAAUUCCAGUAUCGUGACAACACUAUAUACUGCCCCAGUGACAUGUUUUGGACCUUUAUUUCUGAGGGUGCAGAUGAUUUUUGUCUUUUAGAAAGUCUCUUGGUGGAUGAAAUAGUUUCAUGAACCAAAUAUUGUUCAGUUUGAAGUUGCCAAUUGUGAACUUCAAGGCUUGACGGGAUGUUGUAUUAAAUGUUGUGCCUUUUGCUUAAGGAAAUGAUGCUCGUGUAUUAUAAGCGCGACUCUUCUUUAGUGUUAUUUUGUGUAGGAUUUGUAAUUUGUAGGUUAUUAAAUGCAUGGACCAACUGAUCAGUAAACUGUUAUUUGUCAGUGAAUUUGACGUUUAAGGGAUGGUUCACUCAAAAAUGGUCAUCAUAUACUCAUCCUCCAUCUGUUCCAAUCCAAGUUUUCUUCUUCUGUUGAACACUAAGGAAGAUAUACUGGAAGAAAACAGCUAUCGAAUUCAAUAGUAUGUUUUGUUUUUACUUUCCCUCCAAAUUCUUCCUAAUAUCUUGUUUUGUGUUCAACAGACUUAAGAAAUGCAGUUUAAAACCACUUGAGGAUUUCAGUUUUUGAUUGCACGAUCACUUUAAAUCAGUGUUUCUCAACCACGUUCCUGGAGGACCACCAGCUCUGCAAAUUUUCCGUGUCUUUUUAACCAAGGUGGCCAGAUUCAGAUCAUCAGCUCAUUAGCAGAGACUGAAAGACCUGUAAUGGGUGUUACAAAGGAGGCAUCCAAACCAUGCAGCGUUGGUGGUUGAGAAACACUGCUUUAAUUGACUAGUUGCUUUUCAAAAGUAGUGAAUGUUGUAUUUUGGUGUCCAGAUAUGUAGAGAGCUUCAGAUGCACUUUAUAAUCUGCCUUUUUUUACUUGUGGAGUCAUUGGAAAUCCUGCGACAUUGAUGGACACUUUUGUUUUGUCUUUUAUUGUAGUACUGUACGUUCAUUAAAUAUUACUUGUAUUAUUGCAACUGUAUAUUAAGUGUUGGAUAGCAGGGAACAAAAGAAUUGUCUGAUAUUGACUGUCAGAAGUUUUUUUUUUAAAGAAUGCAUGCACAGAAAAUCAAAUAAAGAUGUACAUUGUGGAUUGACACAUUUGUUUGGUUGAAAACGAGUGAGUCUCUGCACUGUUUUCAUUUUCAUAAAAAAAUAAACAAGUUCCAUGUAGGA